GACGCUCAUGAAACUCAUGAAAAUCGAUUAUCCGGCAAUUUAUUGAUCAAUCGCCCGGCGUCCGUUUUCUCGAGUAGAAAGUUUAACCAAUCUCUGGCAAGAUUAAUUUCUAAAACACCAAAAAAUGUAUAAAAUUGACUUUCCAAUUGAUGCGAAGGAGGCUGCGGUUAUCUCCAGACGUCGUCGUGCCGAGGAGGAGAGAAAGUUGCGCAUUUUCAACCCCCAUCAACGUAUCAUUGGGAAAGACCUAAAAGCUCUCGAGAUACAAAUUCAGGAGAAACGAGAACGGAAGGAAAGGGAAAAGGAGUUGGAUGAAGCAUGGGUUCGCGAGACGAAUCGUCAACAAUUACUGGUCAUGGAGCUUCAGCGUCGUGUGGAAAAUGAUAAGAAGCGGGUGUGGAGUGAUGUUCAAGAUUUCCGUUCCUCCUGCCAGAGGUUCGAAGACCGACGAGAGUUUGACCUCAACGACAAGAGAAAGUUGGCGUAUGCAGCUCGCCUACAUGACGAAGACGUUAGAAAUGGACCUGCAUCCAUGCAAAAGUUUGAAGGCGAAGACUUGAGCUACAAGCAGCGAAUUGUAAACCAAGAAAUGCAAAAAAAGGCUUGGUUGGAUGCCCAAAUUGCCGAAAAGAAACAAAACCAGCGUGAAUAUGAAGAAGCCCACAAAAUGUACGAAGAACGCCUCAGAGAAAUGUCUCUACGAACCACGGAGCUCGGGCGAGCAGAAAAUCAAGCUAGACGAGCAGUAGAAUUGGCUUACAAUCAGUAUAAUUUGGCCCUGGCACAAGAAAAUGCAGAAAAGAAAAAGCUUGACCGACUCGCCGACGAGGAGGCCACACUCGCCCACCAACUCAACUGCUUCCACAGUGAACUGCUGACCGAGGUCACGGAUGCCACGUCCAUCAACGGACCUUUCCGCGUGGGUCGUGCCCAGUUCAAGGGUUAUACGGAGGAAAUGAUGAAAACCAUUCGGGAAGAGCAGUUGCGACAGGCAAUGGACAAAAAGCGUCGGGAAAAGGAGGAGCAGGCGUAUGACGCUGCCUGGGAGAAAAUGAAUCGACGUUAUGCAAUUGCUACUCACAUUUUGGACAAGGAACUGGACAGUAGGAAAAAAGAUAAGCACAUUGAGCUCACCAACAUAAAUCGAGAGUUGGCCCAAGAACAGCGUCUUCGACAAGAUUACAUGAACAAUUUGGUCUACAAGGGAAACUUCACGGAAGGAUUUUUUGACCAAUUUAACACCUCUACGCGAUAAUCUACCUGCAUAUAUCCUACAACCAUGAACACUUGUAUUGAUAUGCACGACAACAGCAGCUUAGUAUUUUUGGUACACGAUUUCAUGAUAUGCUAAUCUAAUCAUAUAUGUAUUAAAUAAUAAAACUACAAAUAAGUAACCGUAUUCUUUUUAUUAAUGGUUGUUGUUAUUAUUAAUAUCGAUAGCAAACCAAUUAUAUAUCUGAGAAUAUAUAUGCUGCCUGUCAUUUAAGUAGUAAGAAAAGAUUGAACACCAAUAAUGUAUCUGUAGACCAAGAAUACAUACCGGGUAGGUAAUAAUUUUAAGUUGAAUAAUAAUGAGUUGUAUAUAGCAGUAAAAUAACAAAACGUAACAAAAAACGAAAAGAGAUUUGUAUAAUUUACACCACUCAGAAACUUAUUCAUAA